AUGGGGAAGAAUCAAGGCUACAAGGCUAUGCAGAGAGCUAGAGUUGGAUCUAGCUCCGGCUCCGCCGCGCCGGAUGAGAUCGAAGACGGCAUGGUGGAUGGUUCAUAUCAUACACCAGAGUGGCAUGCUGCUCGUUUGGCUGGUCUCCAGACUACCCACACCAUUACUUGGGAAGAAUAUAAGCAGAAGCAAAAGGACGAAGAAUUGAAAAAGGGUGAACUUGAAGCAGAUACUGAUAAAUUGAUGCGUGAGUAUAGAGCUCAGCUGGAUGCUGAAAGGGCAAUGAAGCUCUCUAAGGGAAGGAACUAUUCUAGCGAGAAAUCCAGAAAAGAUAGGAAGGAAAGAGAUGUCUCAGAUAGAAAGGAGAAAGAUUCGAGGAGAAAGAAAAGCAAAAAGAGAAAGCGUUCAAGAAGGCAUUCUUCUGACUCAAGCUCCUCCUCGAGUUCAUCCUCCGAAUCAUCAAGUAGCGACGAAGAAGAAUCUAGAAGAUCAAGGUCAAGUUCUAAAAGAUCCAAAAGGGAGAAGAAACACAAAUCAAAAGGAAGACACUCAAGCAAGAGAAAAGAUGAGGAUGAUGGCCCUGUGCCUUUAUCUAAAUUCUUUGGCAGCCUUAAGAGUUGA